AUGCCUCUCUUCGGAAACAAGACCGCACAGCCAACUCCCGCUCAAACAACUGCACCCAGAUACUCAAACUCAUCGGCCGACGGCAGCCCCCGAAGAGGCUUUUUCAAUCGCCGUCGUUCCUCGUCCGCCUCGUCCUCUGACUUCGACUCACAUAACCGUCGUCAUGGUUCCAAAGUCUCCCGUGGUUCGACCCGCGGCUCUGGCGGAUUGUUCCAUCGUAAUCACGAAGACCCGUCCAUCGUUUCCGCGCGUGAGCGAGUCCUUCAGGCCGAGACUGCUGAGAGAGAAGCGGAUCGCGCUCUUGUCCAGGCAAAGGCCGCUGUGAGGGAGGCAAGAGACCGUGUCAAGAUGCUUGAGCGCGAGGCUGAGGAAGAGGCUCGUCUGGCGAAGAUCAAGCAGCACCAAGCGAAAGACAUUUCGAAGAGAGCUAAGCCUCUUGGACGUCACGAACGUUAUUGA